CAAGCCCUGGUGAUUAGAGAAGGGGAGAAGAUGCAGCUGAACGCUGAGGAUGUGGUGGUUGGCGAUCUCGUAGAGGUGAAAGGAGGCGACAGAGUCCCAGCUGACCUAAGGAUCAUCUCGGCUCACGGUUGCAAGGUCGAUAACUCUUCCCUGACGGGUGAAUCCGAACCCCAGACCCGUUCUCCAGAUUGUACCCAUGACAAUCCUCUUGAGACCAGGAAUAUCACUUUUUUCUCUACCAACUGCGUCGAAG